GUUUGUAUUAUGCUCAACUAAGUGAACGACGAGUUGUUAGUCACGAUGUAUGAUAUUAUGUUAAUAUAUAUGAUGAAUUUUAAACAUACAAAAAUAAUCUUAGUGCAUGAUGGGUUUUGAACACAACAUUGCGGUCAUAUGACGUACUAUUUUUCAAAUAAAUGAUUCUUAAACAGCAUGUAAAUGGCAUUAAAUUAAUUUCCAUAAUGUAAAUUGUCUGCUAAAACAAGCGUGUGUUUGGAUAUCUGCAAAUUGUGAUUUCCGUUCGAAUAACGGUGGAAUUUGAUUUUCCAACGUGCCAGGCGAAACGAUUCCUGGGCAUCAAUUUUUUACCUUUCCCUCGCUAAGUUCAAUACCUUCAUCGAUGGACGGUACAAUGCGUGUAUAUAACGCCACACUUUGGAUCCGAUUGGAGUUGAAAAUGAAGCCGAAAAGCAAGGCGAGCAAAAACGCAGGCAGCAUGGCCGGUGGAGACAACCAUUGGAGCCUUCACGGCGGUAACAAGGUGCUGAUCCUGUGGGUGUUCCGCAUUAUCAACGGCUCGAAACCAGCCGACACAAUGAGCAAGGAAGAGGAGUUCUCAAAGCACACGGAAAUGAUAGCUAAACACACCAUCCCGCUCGAGACGGGACUCGGCUGGCAGCAGAUUGAUCUCACAAACGCCGUCCGUCAGUGGCACGGUGAAAAACGAAACGAUAGCCUCAAGCUGUUUGUCGACUGUUCCGGUUGCGGGAACAAGAUACGGGUGCACAUUUUUGAGCACGCCACCAACCAUCACCAUCUGCAUCACUACUCGCGUGUGGGGUUAUACGCCAGCCGGAAGCAGAAGCCGGUGCUGAUGAUGGACAGUGCGCCACGAUCGAUGUUCAAAUCGAAGCAUCCAAAAAGCCAGGAACGUAAGGUCGCGUAUGCUGAAGGUACGGACGAUGACUACAACCGGCCUCAUCUGUUCGUGAGCCUUGCAACGACCCAGGUACGACGGUUGAGGCGCCGUGCUCUAGACUGCACUGGGGCACCGAAUGAGCAGUGCUGCAAGCAGAAGUUCUAUGUCGACUUUAAGGCUCUCAAGUGGGACGACUGGAUUAUACGGCCGCACGGUUACUACGCCAACUACUGCAAGGGUAGUUGCCAUCUGGCGGACAAAUUCAGCUCUGAGUACCACUAUGUGAUCGAUCAGUACCGACGUCAGGGUAGUACCGCUGGUAGAGGGCUAGGUAAGAUGCAUCAUAAAGCUGGCGGUGGUGGUGUUGGGGGUGCUGGCGGGGGCUCGGGUCUUGCUGGUAUACAUCAAUGCUGUGCCCCGGUUAAAUACUCGCCAAUGUCGCUGAUAUUUUACGGGCCUGAUGGUCGAAUUAUCAAGCAAGAUUUGGCGAAAAUGAUCGUCGAAGAGUGUGGUUGUCCGUGAAACCACGUGCUCUUUUGGCGAGCGUCGAAAGACUUCUUUUCACUUUGAUUAUUUGAGUACGUACUGAUCGAUACUUAAUAAACUCAAUGAGAUACACGGUGAUGUCA